GCUCGCGCCAUCCAUUGUCUAUGAAAUGUUAAAUUUGUACAAUAUUAAUAUAGGUUUUAACUGAAGCCCUAGGAUAAUUUAAAUUUACCAGGUAUGUUACGUUAGAUUACGAUGGGGUGAUUGCAGCUAAGUGGUGAUGGGUAGUGGGAAGAUCCACGGUGCUCGGCCGCCGUCUACCACGGUGUACUACGUCGCUCUGGCCGGCAUCCUUGGAUUGCUGUUGCUGCUGUGCUGCUACUUCGUGUAUUUCUGUAUUCGACGUGUUAAAAAGUUGACCCAACAAGGUCUUCCGGAACGAGUGGAGUCGGUACGGCCACCGCCACCGGACACGGUCGCCUACCCCGUGCAACCUGCGGUGCGUGCGAGUGCGUCUGCGAUGGCGCGCCUUUGCCACUCCCCCUCCCGCGGAGUGCCACCUACCUCUCCCCGAAGCUUAGUCUCACCCUCCAGGGAUAGAUUUGUUUCAGCGCAACGGUCAAGUUCAUUGACCCCAGCACACACUGACACAGUGCACCCGCGCACUCGAAGCCAGCUGCCGCCUCCGAAUAUACUCACAUCUAGAACUACACCCAUUAGAAACGGUCCUAAAGUUAUUCCUCCGCGAAUAGAACUCGUAUCGAACGAAUGCAAUGUUAUCGGUGACGGAACACCCUCGCCUAAAAAGCGUCUAUCAUCACCCAAAAGUCAGAAUUUUUCGCCGCAUAAAAGUAAGGAAACACUACCCGCUUGGAAAGACGUGGCUUCAGUGAGACGGAGAGAAGGGAUUGCAAGCAAAGAGAGUCAACGGAAGCAUCUCUCUGCUCCGCCUCAGAUUGUCGUUGGAGAUGUGGAGUAGCAGCUAGUUGGGUUUACCAAUUCAUAACAUUUUUGAUACAUAUAGCCUUAUUUUGUUCUUAUCUUAAAAUUUAAAUUUAGAAAUAAUGACAGAAGUAAGUAUAUUUUUUUUAUUAUUAAAGUUGCAUAGCAAAACUGCAUUUAUAUACUAUGUGUAUUUAUAUUUAUGUGUGUGCGAUUGAGCUAAAAAUGUAUUCGUAUGCAUAUUUUCAAUGUUCAAGUAUGUAUAAAAGCUGUAUACUUGAAAAUUGGUUCCGACCUCUGGUCUCCAUUUUCCAUACAACAUGAAAUUGAGCU